AUGGUGUCCACAACAAGAGGAACUCUCUCGAGAGCCGCGGCGGAGAAGGCGGAAGGAAAGAAACCGGUGACAGAGGAAGGCUCAGGCAGAUUGCCACUACCUCUUCGAGAGAUGCAGCUUGCGAGGCUGAUGAUGAACCCUCUGCCUGCAUACCAGAAGGAAACCAUCGAGUUCCUCUCCACUCUCCGAGUUAACUUCUACGAGCCUGACGAGAUCGUGCCUGAGGGUCAUGGAAGUGGAAGGUUCUCCUUCCGAAUCAACAAGAGGAAGUACCGGAUGAGUUUCAAGGAGCUGGAGGAUGUGUUUCAUUUUGAACACAAAGAUGGGCGAGAAACAGAGCCUGGAACGCCACAAGGAGAGCUUCAAGCCUUCUGGGCAAUGAUCGGAGUUGGCGAGUACAUGGCUAGCACUGCCAAGAGCACACACAUCAGGAACCCCGUGCUCCGAUACGUCCACAAGGCCCUCGCUCACACCAUCUAUGUGAGGCGAGACGUUACUGGUGUCACCGAAAAGGAGCUCUUCUUCCUAAAUGAAGGGAUGAAGAAGGUGAUUCACACGUUGCCGGAUGGACUGAGAUGGUCGGGGACAGAUCAGGGAACAGCGUGGCGACGUAUCUUCUCAAGAGCUUCCUCAGCUACAGGGAGUAUGCUCUCUCUCUCAACAAAGUGCACAAGGCAAGCAGUGGUCAGCUGA